CUCAUUGCUUGCAACUCAAAACCUCAACUAUACCGAACACUUUUAUUCCUCUUCCUAUUUCUAUCUCCAUCUCCAUCUGAAACUCCAUCCAGACCUCAAUCUCGAUAUAUAUUUUCUUUUUUUUGGUGGAUCGGGAAGGAAGUAGAGCAAGAUGAGCUGUUUUGAUGCCAUUACGGGGAAGCGCCCAGAGGGGGGCAAGGGGACGAAGAUUAAAGGGACGGUGGUGUUGAUGAAGAAGAACGUAUUGGAUUUCAACGACUUGCACGCCUCGUUGCUCGAUCGCAUGCAUGAGAUAUUGGGGCAGGGGGUCACUUUCCAGCUCGUCAGCGCCACCGAAGGCGAUCCCAAUAAUGGGAAGAGAGGUAAGGUCGGGCCACCGGCAUACCUCGAGGAGUGGAUCACGACACUGACAUCCUUGUCUGCCGGCGAGUCCCGGUUCAACGUCACCUUCAAUUGGGAUGAGAGCCAAGGCAUUCCAGGGGCAGUCAUCGUCAAGAACAGCCACCAUUCCGAGUUCUUCCUCAAGUCGCUGACCCUGGAGGGAGUCCCUCGCAAGGGAAGAAUCCACUUCGUCUGCAACUCCUGGGUCUACCCAGUCGACAAGUAUACAUAUGACCGUGUCUUCUUUGCCAAUCAUACUUACCUCCCAAGCAAAACGCCUGAGCCACUGCGACCAUACAGACUAGAAGAACUGCUCCAUCUCAGAGGGGACGAUGUCACUGGCGAGCUCCAGGAGCAUGACCGGGUCUACGCCUAUGCUUACUAUAAUGAUCUUGGUGACCCGGACAAAGGUGCCGAGUAUGUCCGACCAGUUCUUGGUGGCUCCAGCGAGUACCCUUACCCUCGGCGUGGCCGGACCGGUCGCCCCCCUACAAAGACUGAUCCAAACAGUGAAAGCAGGUUGCCACUUCUAAGCCUCAACAUCUAUGUCCCCCGGGAUGAGCGGUUCGGGCACCUUAAGAUGUCGGACUUCCUUGCAUACGCUCUCAAGUCGUUGACCCAGUCGCUGCAACCACUCCUCAACACUGUGUUCGACAAGACCCCAAUGGAGUUUGAUUCUCUCCAAGACGUGCUGAACCUCUAUGAAGGUGGGCUGAAGCUGCCCGAGUUCCCUGCACUUGAAGAGAUCAAAGAUCGGAUCCCCUUGGAGAUGAUCAAGGAACUGGUCCGGUCCGAUGGAGAGCAGGUGCUCAAGCUCCCACUUCCGCAAGUCAUCAAAGAGGAUAAGGAUGCAUGGAGGACUGAUGAAGAAUUUGGCCGAGAAAUGCUUGCCGGCGUGAACCCUGUUAUAAUAAGGCGUCUCGAGGAAUUCCCUCCAACCAGUAAGCUUGAUCCAAAAACUUAUGGCGACCAUACCAGCUCAAUAACGGCAGCUCACAUUGAAAAGAAUUUAGAGGGCUUGACGGUAGAUCAGGCAUUGAAGAGCAACAGGUUAUUCAUUUUGGAUCACCAUGAUGCCUUGUUCCCUUACCUUAACCGCAUCAACUCUACAUCCCACAAGAUAUAUGCCUCUAGAACUAUACUAUUGCUCAAGGAUGAUGGUACUCUGAAGCCACUGGCCAUUGAGCUGAGCAAACCGCACCCAGAUGGUGAACAACAUGGUUCUGUCAACCAAGUCUUCACUCCAGCUGAAGACGGCGUUGAGGCUUCAAUUUGGCAGUUGGCUAAAGCCUAUGUUGCUGUCGACGAUUCUGGUUAUCACCAACUAAUCAGCCACUGGCUAAACACACACGCAGUGAUCGAACCAUUUGUGAUUGCCACAAACCGGCAGCUGAGCGUCAUGCACCCAAUCUACAAGCUUCUGAGCCCCCACUACCGUGACACGAUGAACAUAAAUGCCCUGGCUCGCCAGAUCCUCAUCAAUGCCGGGGGCGUCCUCGAAUCAACUGUUUUCCCCGGGAAAUAUGCAAUGGAGAUGUCUGCGGUGAUCUACAAGGACUGGAAGCUCACAGACCAUGCACUACCAGAUGAUCUCCUCAAGAGAGGAGUUGCUGUGCGGGACCCGAGCAGCCCACACAAGGUCCGGCUACUGAUCAAGGACUACCCUUACGCAGUCGACGGGCUAGUCAUAUGGUGGGCGAUCGAGAAGUGGGUCGCAGAGUACUGCUCCAUUUACUACCCCAGCGACGCGGCGGUCCGGGGCGACGUCGAGCUCCAGGCAUGGUGGAAGGAGGUCCGGGAGGUCGGCCACGGCGACAAGAAGAAGGAGACAUGGUGGCCAAAUAUGCGGACCUUCCGGGAGCUGACCAAGACAUGCAGCACCAUCAUCUGGGUGGCCUCCGCCCUCCACGCGGCCGUCAACUUCGGGCAGUACCCCUACGCCGGGUACCUCCCGAACCGGCCCACCAUUAGCCGCCGGUUCAUGCCCGAACCGGGUACGCCGGCCUACGAGGAACUGGAGAAAAACCCGGAAGGGGUCUUUCUGAAGACCAUCACGAGCCAGUUUCAGACCAUUCUUGGGGUGUCCCUUAUAGAGAUUCUAUCGAGGCACUCCUCGGACGAGGUGUACUUGGGGCAGAGGGACACGCCGGAGUGGACCACGGACCGGAAGGCUCUGGAUGCAUUCAAGCGGUUCGGGGACAAUUUGGUCGAGAUCGAGAAACGGAUUCUGACGAUGAACGAGGAUACGAGGAUCAAGAAUCGGAACGGGCCGGUGAAGAUGCCUUACACGUUGCUGUAUCCGAACACGUCCGAUUUCUCGCGUGUUGGUGGGCUCACCGGGAAGGGGAUUCCAAACAGCGUUUCCAUCUGAAGAAUUUGUCUGGGAUUUGCUGUUGGAGACCAAGUACAGUCUGUUUCCACCAUCCUUGCUCUGAUUAAGUGCAUGGGACUUCACUUUGAGUGGUGUUGAUUAGAGUGCUUAUACUUUAGCUAUAUAAAUAAAUGGUUCCCUCUAGUGAUGUUUUUUCUUUUCCUUUUUUUUUUUUGUACCAGAAAAUCAUAUAUCGUGUCUAAUUUUUUAAUUUUAAAUACAAUAAAUGUUGAUGUAAAUCCAAAUUGCCCA